AUGACGAUGAUGCCAGCGAACGGCGUUGCCCGUGCAGUUUCCCCACUUGGUAGUCGACGUGCAGCCAGAUUAACGUCUCAAAAAGAUCCUGUAGAAGCUCUUUCCACCCCCAGCGCGCUCAAAGUCGUCGCACAAGGCCUGGUCUGCAUUAACCAGCCAUUCGACUAUUCAAAAGUCGUUGAGCAGCAUCGCCAGCAGCAUGGGCCCAAGGGCUUCUUCAAGCCCUCACCGCAGCCGCGUCAGGGCGGGAUUUACAUGGCGCCGGAAACGGCCAAUAAUGCUAAGUACAGAAUGGACGGCAAAGUCAUCAUCUUGCCACCUGCCAUUAGAGGAUGCAAAAAUGAUUCAUGCUCUGGUUCCGCGCUCUUUGAAGCUGUUGGUUAUUAUCCACAAUUCCUAAAAAAUGUGCUUGGACAAGACCGCCAGUCCCGCUUCCCGUGUGUUCUCAUGGUUGAUUCAGGCGAAACCAGCAUGAGUGCUGCGUCUAGCCUGGAUGCUUUCAGGAAAGGCAUCCAGUGGAUGGAAACGCACUAUGAGUCGCUCCCUUCCCUAGCCCAAGCAGCAGAUCGCGCAUUUCUCUAUCCAACAAGCUAUAAAGACAAGACAGGCCGGGAUAUCGGCUUCAUCGUUAGCCCUGAAGAAUGCCUGCGUAUCAAGUUCGCGAAGCGCUAUUCGGAAGAGGCCUGCCGAUUACUCGCCAACCUGGGACAUGCACCCCAGCUUCGGGGGGUGACUUCACUUCCUGGAAGAUGGCUUGUGGUUAUCGUGGAUUUUUCGCGAUAUCGCCCACUUUCUGACAUCACCAUACUCUCAAAUGACAAGCGAAAACUCGUGAAAUCUAAUAUACGAAAUAUCGUGCAAACGCUGCACAACGAUAUUCGAGACAUUGCCAUUCUCGCUGACCCUGACACGCUGGCUGUCCAUAUUUUGAUUGGGCAGGAACAUACCAGAAGGUCAGAUACCCAGGACAAGUUUCACUUUCGCUGUGGAAUAUGGUUUGGUAGGGGUGUCGAAGUUCGCGAGAAACCGGUUCGAACCGGAACCGAACCCGGAACUAAACUGCAGUUCGGUUCUGGUUCUCUAAGUUGGGGGGUAUCAGGAACCAGUUCUGAACCACAAAACCAUUGAAGGAUUUUAGGAUUACAGCAAGCCAAAGAAAAAUCGGUUUGUCCGAUUUGGAUGACUCAAAAGUACUAAUGCCCCCAGCUCAAAACUACCACACACCCCUGUGCGAGCAACUCUUUUUGUUCCCAGGCGACUUUUGGCAUGUACAAUAGAUAGAUAGAUGGAUGAAUGAAUGAAUGGAUAAAUAGAUAAAUAGAUA